AUGACUAUAUUUUCUAUAAUUAAAAUGAAUUCGACGAAUAUGACAAUAUUCUUUUUGCUAACGUUAUCUACCAGCAGUUUACAAAAGCCUACUUUUUUUAAAAAUACCUUCAAAGGAUUACGAGGUGUCUCGUCGAAACUUAAUUUUUUAACGUACACAAGAGCGGUUUACUAUUACGAGCAAACUGUUGCUAUCGUUGAUCUCGAAGUUAAUAAUGUAUUACACGAUUGUAAUCUUAUUGAAAUAUAUGAACCAGAAGAAGCGAACGAAGUACUGCGAAAUCUAUCACUAACUGUAAAUCCACAGAAAGUCUCUUUUCAACAGAUGAUAAAACUUAUGCAACAAUGUGAAACUUUGAAUAACCUACAAUCUCAAGAUCUAUCUCUUUCUGAAAAUACGCGAAACGAAAAAAGUUAUUCUCGAAUAAGUUCAUUAACAUUAUUAUCUGGAAUUAUACCAGGAACAAAGUGGUGUGGAACUGGAGAUAUAGCUGAAAAUUAUCACGAUUUGGGUCAAGAAGCAAAUAUUGAUAGAUGCUGCCGCAAUCAUGAUUUAUGUCCUGUAAAAGUAAGAGCUCAAACAUCACGUUACAACUUAAAUAAUAAUUCUUUAUAUACCAAAUCGCAUUGUACUUGUGAUGAAUUAUUUUACACUUGUUUGAAAGCUACACAAAAUUCAAUUGCUGAUAUUAUGGGCAAUAUAUACUUUAACAUUAUAAGAGUGCCAUGUAUAGAGGAUAUUUCAAGCCAAUGGAAUCAAGAAUCUGAUAAGCAAUUUGUUCCAGUAAAAACAAAGUAUUAGUCUUCUUUGAUUGAUUUUUGUUACUGUAAAAUCUUUCAAUCUUAAAGAUGACACAAAUAAAUAUUAAUAAUAAAAACAAA